AAAAAGGUCCCAUGGCAGAUGCCGGCCGACGGUGGCGGAAUGCGGGCUGCGUCUUUCAACGUUUCGAACAUGUGUAUCAUUAGCGUAAUCAAGUAAAUAUUUCGGGAGGGUUCGGGACCGCUUUUUCGGGAACCCGCACGGGGGGAGGGGGAUAUACGUAAUCGAAGGAGAGGUCAGCCAGACAUACGCCGGCUUGCAAUUCAAAAGAAGGAAAGAAAAUGAAACAUACAGCAGGCGCGAUGGGUUACCUUGUAUCACGUCAGCUCAAUUAAAUUUUCACUCGUUAAUAUAACCUUCCCUUGUUUCCUCCAGUUCUUGUUAUUACCCUCAAGGCGCCCUAUGGGCUUAUAAGCUUUUAGGUAUUACCAUCAUUUCAUAAGCGCGUUCAGAGUACCAUACGCGGCGUACGAUGACACUGCAGGACGUUCUUCCGACCUCACUUCCCUUUCUUCUUUUUUGGAGGGCGGUAUUGUCCCUAUAGCAUUUAUCCGGUUCCGGGACAUUUCAUCGAACGUCGUUUGGUCGAAAGCUGUGUGAUCGAACGCGGAACAUUUGGCCGAAAGCCAUUUGAUCGAACACCGUUUGAUCGAGACGGCAGCGGUCGUUUGAUCGAUUUUUUAUUGGUUCGCAUGGAGCGUUGAUGAAACAAAAAAGAAUAAGAAAACAACAAAAGGAAGCUUCAGUUCUAAAUGCUGUUAUCCUAAGGAAUAUUUCACUCUGUGUAAUCCGCUUGCCCAUAAACACAUUCCUCAUCCCAACCCACUUUUUCGCAUCCAGAAGGCGAUCCGAUUGCCUGUGUUGUUCACCCUAUCCCGUUCGACAACUUGAUAUGUUUUUCCUCUCUGACAGAUAGUGACUAAACAUGGCAUACAUGCCUGUCACCCCUAGUCCCCCAACACUUUGUCAAAUAAUAAUUUAUGUCAAUUGUCAAAUAAUCAACAUUUUCGACAAAUAAAUAAAUGAUAUUUUUGAAUGAUUUAUUCGCGUCGAACGUGGAUAAAUUUUAACAAUGUUUUAUUAAUCGUUUGUAGUUAACUGAACAUAGGUCUGGAGAAAGAACAGUUUUAGUUUAUUUACUACAUCACCAACUUAUGUGCAAGUGCGCGUAUGUACAAGUGAACCUAAAUUUAGUUCUUCCAACAUACAUGUAACCGAAGAAGUCCAUCGAAACCUAAAUAAUAUUAGCCGGGGAGCAGAUAUUUGUACUUUGUCUUUUUUCAUGGCGUGGAUCUGUAGGUAUCUCAGACUGCUGAUGCAUACUCUAAACAAGGUUGAACUAAGGUUUUAUAUGGCUGUUAAUAUAUAUUUAUUUUAUACUAUGGCGAAAUAGCCACCCUUCGGCGCAGCAUAUGGCCCCAAUAUUAACAUGCAGCUCAGUGCACAAGUUUCACACUAACUUUAUGAACCAUACGUCUAUGACGGGGGGUCAUUCUUCUGUCGCCAUCGGAGCAGUCACGGGUUCGUUGCAUAAAGGCUGCAACUCACAAGGUACAAUGGCACAAACCUAGCACACAAUGUACUCAUUUCAAGGCUUCGGCGUCAGCGUUUCAGUGCACAAUCGGCGUAUUACCCUCCAGCCUAUCUGACAUACUUUUUUUCUUUUUCUCGGAAUACCGACUUUCAUUACAGCAGUCGCGGUCCUGCUGCUGCUUAUUCUCCGACCUGCCAUUCUCAUUCGCCCUUUGACCGCGUUCUGGGAUUCAUAGAAUCGAUGUGAGUCAGAACAGCAUCGCCAUUUUUAGGAAGGGGCUUUGAACCCCGUUCACGCCCAUAAAAACGACAUGAUACGCCGCCUUGGCGUCAGUCCGACUCUGUCCGCGACACCAUCUCAAGGCGAUGGCUACAUCACGAUGCCUGGUCAUUUCCGAGGAUAAGAAGAUAGUCAUUAAUGUUGGACAGCCAGGAAGAAGAGUUGAUGUACUAACAGCACUGCUCGGAACCGACUUCGCGGACAUCGUGGACGAAGGCUUGCAACUUCAGAUAUAUGAUAAAGGCUUUGAAGAAUACCUCGACUUUGGAGCAGACACCAUGGUCAGCGACAACGACAAAAUUAAGCUUGUGCGCGCAAGCCGAGGUAGCCCUCCACAGACUGAGGCAACUGAUGAUGGAACUGUUUCCGUUACUGUUGUUCCUGUUGGUGCUGUGUGCCCUGGGAUCGCCGAUGAAUAUAAGUUCCCCACGCCUCCGCUGGACCUACAGGAGCAGCUGAAAGCUGUGAAGCUGGGCGAGGUGUCCGACCAACUGAGGACAAAAAUUGUUCGAUGGUUGCACUUGGAUAUAUGCCGCUACACGCUGUACCCUGGAAAAAGGAACCUUUAUUACGAGGCUGCACGGCUCCUCGUCUACUUCUAUCCGACCUUACGUGACAUCAAUGGACCAGGCUUCAACUCUUGGUGGAGACAACUAAAGAACAGGACAAAAAACCAGAGAAAAUCGUUGAGUGACAUUGCAAUGGUGAAGGCAGCACGUGAAAAAUAUGGCAAGAGGAAGAGGGCGGAUGAUGCAGGGACUACGCCAGCGUCACCAAGAAGUUGCAUCCGUCAGACGCUCCAGGGGUGUGCCUCGGAGCAAGUUGAAGACGAUGCUACAUUGGCAGCGCACAAACUUUUUAUGGUCAGAGAAAUGCACAAGCAACCUGAUCACAGACAUUGCGAGCGUAUCACGGAUGCCAUGAGGAGGACCUACAGUGCGAGAAGGUCCUUAAUUGAGCAGAGGGAUUGCCAGCAGCAGGAGGUCCUCUCGGUCGCUGGGGUGCUCACCGAAUAUCCGGCACUGGCUUUGGAGCAUGAGAUUUAUAGGGAGUUUCAUCGGCUCACAAACUGCCAAGUAGACAGUAGGAUGGAGUGGUUCGUGGAGAAGUAUGGCGGAGCAAUCAUAUCUGCAGCAUUGAGACGCAAGCAUCCACACAAGUUCCUAAAGGAUUUUCCUGCACAUGUAGGAACUGCUGACGACAGGGAGUGUACAGCUGGAGCUGUGUGGACGGUCCUGCCGGCAUUGCUAAAAGAAGCGCCUGGUGGCAUCAUUUAUGGCGAACCCUUACCGUGUGAUCCAGCACAUCCGUCCAUUGAAGUUCGGGGAGCACUGUGGGCACCUUCGUCGAUUAAAGUGAGGCUGGAGGAUUUUUCCAUGGAAGUUGUAAGCCUCAAUACAGCGAUGGCUCUUGUGUUAUCGCUGUAUUGGGUUUACAACAUCCAGUAUUGCCAGCGCUCAAAGAAGGUGUUCACAAUGCUUGAGCACAGUUUGGGCCUUCCUCAGACAGCGGGAGCUGCAGUCCUUGUAACAAAGCUUCAGAACGAAAUUGGAUUUGAACCGUAUCAAUAAAUGCUUGUAUGUUUGU